CCAUCCUUUUAUUUCUUGUCGCAACUCGAGUAUUCCAUCAAGAUGGAUUCUCUCACAACCCACCCUUCCAACGCGCAGCAGGCUCGUGCCUUUACUGCUACCUCGUCGCUGUCCUUCCCUGGUGGCGCUGGGGAUCUGACCCCUCCCAACUCCGAGAAGGAGGCCAUAGCACAGGGUGCACAGGGCGGAAACAGUAUGAAUGGCCAGCAGGCCGGAAAUGCCAUGCAUGGCACCGGGGUGACUCCCGCUUCUCCUGCAACCCCCGCCGCGACCCCUAGCGCGACCACCGGAAGCAGUGGCAUUGUCCCUACCUUGCAGAACAUCGUUGCUACUGUCAACCUUGACUGUCGCCUUGAUCUCAAGACCAUCGCGCUGCACGCACGCAACGCCGAGUACAACCCAAAGCGUUUUGCUGCCGUGAUCAUGCGUAUCCGUGAACCCAAGACUACCGCUCUCAUCUUCGCCUCUGGAAAGAUGGUCGUUACUGGUGCUAAGUCCGAGGAUGAUUCGAAGCUGGCUUCGCGCAAGUAUGCGCGUAUUAUCCAGAAGCUUGGUUUCAACGCCAAGUUUACCGAUUUCAAGAUCCAGAACAUUGUCGGCUCUUGCGACAUCAAGUUCCCCAUCCGUCUGGAGGGGUUAGCCUCUCGUCACCACAAUUUCAGUUCCUAUGAGCCUGAGUUGUUCCCUGGUUUGAUCUACCGCAUGAUGAAGCCCAAGAUCGUUCUCUUGAUCUUCGUCAGUGGCAAGAUUGUCCUGACUGGUGCUAAAGUCCGCGAGGAGAUCUACCAGGCAUUCGAGCUGAUUUACCCUGUGCUUUCUGAUUUCCGCAAGGUCUAAGAAAGCUCCAAGGAGAUCACUAUGCAUUUCAAACCUGUAUUAACAUUGCUUUUCCCUUUUACGAGGACAGUCCGCUUUGGUCUGCACCUCCCUUUCCCUUCGGUUCUUUACGACUCUUUUCAUGCAAGCAUAGUUGGGCGUUUUUAGCGAUUCGGAUGAUCCCCGGUUUUCCUCACACUUUCGCGUUCUUCCACACAAUUAGAUUGCUGCACACCGCAGUGAGGCGGUUGUGCGCCGGUCGAUGGCUGCCUCGAUUUAAUCAUUUAUCGUUCUAUGGUUUCAUCUGUGGAGGAUUGCUUUUAUU